CACAGUCGAUCCCACCAUCUCCUGUUGUCCUACCAAAACCUAAAACUGGUCCUCUCUCCUUGUGUCGCAAAACAUGGGGCACAAUGCUGACAGUGAGAACCCAUCGUGGGCGGAGCUCCUGGGAUCAAAUCACUGGGCCGGCCUUCUCGACCCCCUCGACUACUCCCUCCGCUGCCUCCUCCUGAAAUUUGGCGACGUGUGUCAGGUCACCACCGACUCCUACAUCACGGCCCUUGACUCCAAGAAGUACAGCGGCAAUUGCAGCUACAGCAUGGACAGGCUCCUCGACCAGACCUUCUUUACCUACGCUGCUGACUACCACGUCGUCCAAUACCUCAUUGCCAAUUCGCAGGGUUGGAUGGGCUAUGUAGCGGUCUCCAACAGCGCUCACGCCGACGGAUCCGGAGUCCGCGAGAUCUACGUCGUAUGGCGCGGGACCGAAGGAACCAAAGAGUGGUGCGACGAUAUCCCCAAAACUCUCGUGCCGUUCGACGACUCCACCAGCGAUGUUCCGAUGGUCAUGAAAGGCUGGUUUGAGAUCUACACCGUGGUAGCCGACGUGCAGACGAAGGAGAGCGCCAGGGAGCAGCUACUAGCUAAGAUAAAAGAGCUGGUGGAGCAGUACAAAGACGAGAGCCUCAGCAUAGUUUGUCUCGGCCACAGCCUGGGAGGCGCCCUUGCUAUCUUAAGCGCUUACGAUAUAGUGAGGAGUGGGUUGUCUAAGAUCGGGGAGAAAGAGGAGUUCCCCGUUUGCACCAUGGUGUUUGGUUCACCGCGAGCGGGGAAUCAGGCCUUCAGCGAUAGCUGGGCGAAGCUGCCCAAUCUGAGAGCUCUGCGUGUCUUGAACAAAGAUGAUCUUGACAUUCCAAACUUUCCGCCAACUUCAGAUGGCUACGUUGACAUUGGCACGGUUCUGACCGUGGAUUCCAGAAAGUCGCCGUGCUUGAAGACAAAUCAUGACAGGCAUAACUUGCAGGUGAACCUGCACACGGUGGCCGGGUGGACCGGGGAGAACGGCGACUUCGACUGCACCAUCGUGAAGAGGAGCCUUGCGCUGGUGAACAAGCACGGUGGCUAUCUGAGUAUAAACCCGGCGCUGCAGUCGUGGUGGGCGGAGAAGAACAAAAGGAUGGUGCGUGGCGAGGACGGCUUGUGGUCUGAGUUACCGCCCGAGUCCUAGUUGAAGGGUCAAACGUCGCAUGACGAUGGAGCUGCAGGUCAUCUGAUCGAGGCAUGCACGCAUGUGGCGGAUGCCUCCUCGUCGUCGUCGUCGUCGUCGUCGUCGUCUUGUCACUUGUCAGUUGGUGUGAUGUGUUCCGUGUGUGGGCGUCGUAAUAAGUAGUCCGAAGCCUCCUCUACGCCAUAAAUCGGACAACUUCUCGCUUGCUUUAUCCGAUCAUAAAUAUAAAUUUGUCAUAUCAUGGUUUAUACAAUCCA